AUGGCACUGAGUGUGGAUUAUUUUUCAGGGAAGGACACCAAUGGUUGUCAGUUCUUUGUGACUACCAUAGCCACCCCAUGGCUGGACGGUCACCAUGUUGUCUUCGGCAAGGGAUGUCUGUACUCAAACCAAAAUGGAGUCUGUGGCUACGACUACAACAACAGACCCUUACAGGACCUUAUUAUACCUCCCCCCAGUCGUCGACUUGUUAAGACACCUUAUUACAUCACGGACCAGCCUUACAACAUCAAGGACUGGCUGAAGACUAUCAGCAUCCCUCUUCUCCUGGCCUUCUCUAUUGUCUUCAUCUUCCACAGCCUCAUCACAAAACUCGAUGUUCAUAUUUUUGAUGGGCGAUGGGUCUAUGGAUGA